AUGCGAAUGAUUUUAACCAUUGCAUUUGCAGUCUUAGCCCUGCAAGUCACAGCACGUCGCAAACCAGACUGCUUACAGUGUCAUGCAAUUGUUGAAGCUCUUAAAGAUGCAGUGGGCAGUGGAGCAUUCCUUGACUCAGGCGCUGACAUCCUUAUAGGGAUUUGCUCUCUCUUUGAGCAUCAUGAAGUUUGUAAAGGACUUGUUGACAUUUAUGGGCCAGGGUAUGCAGAAAAUACCAUUGCGAAAUUCCUUAGCCCUGAUUACGUUUGUUCAAAAAUUGGAUCUUGUGCUCAUCCAGAAUACUUAUUAGAAAACUUGACUCAAUACGAGCGUGAAGUACUUCAAGACAUGCCAGAAAUUCAGCCAUGGCCUCAAACAGGUAAUGAAACAUUUUUUGUGUUACAGGUGACUGACAUGCACAUUGACUUUUUCUAUCAGCCUGGAUCAGAAGUAGAUUGCAACUAUCCUCUUUGUUGCAGAUCAGGUAACGGUACAGCUGGAUACUGGGGAUCUCGCGCAAGCUGCGACACACCUCCACAGACAGCAAUCGCAUUUCUGGAACAGAUCAAGAACCUUCCUAUCAGCUUCGUAGUUUGGACUGGUGACAAUCCUCCUCAUGACGUUUGGGCUUAUGAAAGAGAAAAAGAAAUGAAUGUGACAAUCAAGCUGACUCAGAUGUUCAAGGAUUAUUUACAAGUUCCAAUGUUCCCUAUUAUUGGGAAUCAUGAUUGUUUCCCAAUGGACUUUUUCCACCCUGGCCAUGAGCAAGUUUUACUUGGAAAUUUGACUUCAUUAUGGGGUGAAUGGCUUGGCCCUGAUCAAAUUCAACAAUUUUCCCAAAACGGCUACUACUCGGCCUUAGAGCCUACAACUGGGUUCAGGAUUAUUGGACUUAAUAAUCAGCUCGGAGACAACAUGAACGGAUGGCUCAUUCCUAACAACACCGAUCCUGCAGGAAUGCUUGCAUGGUUGAGAACUGAACUUUAUCAAGCAGAAGCUAACAACGAGCCAGUUAUCAUAUUAGGGCAUAUUCCUCACGGAGAUAAAUAUAUUGAUUCAACAUGGUCAAGACAUUUCAGAACCCUUGUAAACAGGUUCCAAAACACUAUCAGAGGACAAUUCUUUGGACACACUCACCAAGAUGAGUUCUUUGUGGUUCACUCAUUGAUCCCUGGUGCUGAUCCAGCUGGCGUUUACAUUGCCGCUCCUUCAUUUGGAACUUAUUCAGACCAAAACCCAUCGUUCAGACUUUAUGAGUAUGACGUAAAGACACAUCACCUUGUAAAUAUCCACCAAUAUAGGCUACCUUUAUAUACAGCUAACCAAAACACUGAAAGCGCCACAUUUGAAGAAGUCUUCAAUUUCAAGGAUGAAUAUAUAUCAAUUUAAUUUGAAGAAGGCUUAAAUUUGGUUCAAUAUUAUGCUGGUUUAAAUUUUUUUAAUAAAUUAUGAUUACGACAUAAAAAUAAAAUAAUUAGUACAAUCUGGCAUAGUAUGCCAGAUAUGUCACCUCUAUCAUUUGCUGCAUUAGCUGACCAGGUACUUGAUGAUGAAGCAACUGGCCAAAAAUUCUACGCAAACUGGCUUGCUCAAUAUCCUUUCGAGGCUAAAAAGUGUGACAAGAAAUGCCAAAAAUAUCUUUACUGUAGGCUUUCUAAUGAUGUCUUCAAUGAUGUAUUCGCAUGUGACGAAGAAGCUGGAUUUUCAAAGUAUAUCUUUGGGCUACUUUUAGAGAGUGCACAAGGCCCAUGGGAAUACUUAAUUCAUUUAUAUGAAUUUUAGUAAUUUAAUUAUCAUAUAAACUAUUAUUAUUCUCUAAAAAAUUAUUAUUUUUAUAAGAAGAGUUAAUAGAAUAA